UCCCUUGCUGGCCAGCCCUGCCCACACCACACCAUGUGUGUUGAUGUGGAGAGAGGGUGGGGUUGCGAGUGUGAGCCCGGGAGGGGAGGUGCUGACUGCACAGCCUCCACCCACCCAGCAUCAUUCUCCUCGAGUAGCUACGUCAAGGUGGCACUCUCGCUGGCCCCAGCACCCAACACCACCUCCAUCCAACUGCGGUACAGGACUUGGGAAGAAUGGGGUCAGCUGAUAGCGGUGACCUCCCAACAUGGACGGGACCUUGCUGCCUUACACCUGGUGGACGGUCAUGUCUGUCUCAAGAUGCUGCUUCAUCCUACUGCUCUCGUCCAUCUCUGCCUCUCUCAGGUGCUUCUUACCGACGGAGAGUGGCACACUGUUUACGUCCGCAGAAGACUUAGAGACAUCUGUGUAUACAGCAAUGGCAAUGAGAAUGAGAGUGAAAGUGGUCAAGGAAAAAGAGAGGGGAAGCGACGUAGGCAUGUUUGGGCUUUCGAAAGCAAAGGAGAGGAGAAAGAACAGAACUUGAAACAGCUGAACCUUACCCGGGGAUGUAGGAAAAGUGAGAUUGCUAACAUGAACAUAGAAGAAAGGUGGUAA